AUGGCCCCCUACAUGCCUGCCCAGGCACAGGACAAUGUGCAAGCGUUGAUUGCCGAAGUGAAAACCCUGACUGUCGAGAAAUUGAAGAAUGUACUGCGCAGCGAAGGCCUGGCAUUGUCUGGAGUCAAAAGUGAACUACAAAUCAGAACAAUUGCCCAUAUCGAGAAGCUGCGCAAUGCAUCAGACAUAGCAGCGCUCAAUCGAAUCCGGGGGACGCUGAGAGGGCUUCCUUCUCCAUACCACAACAGCAACUCUUACCAUCCGCAUUAUUCGAACCUCACACCCACGUCUUCGGCCUCUCCCCAGUUUUCCUCCCCGAGCGCCCACAACUCCUACAACAUGCCCUUCAACCAGACGUCUGGUGCAAGUCGAUUAACUUUCAAGGGCUCACCGUUCUACACUAUCGCCAGGCAGCUCACUCAGGUCUACGAAUGCAAGGCUCGAGAGUCAGCCAGAGACACUGCGCGGCUCGUAGUUUGCUUGCCCCAAGAUAUCAUUGACAAACUGAACAAGGAUCCAUCAUACCGUGUCAUGGUCUUUUGCGCCUCGGAGAAUUCCGGAGCUCUCAUGAGAGAACCAUCCGACAUUGCAUUUCCUCACAAUGUGGAACUGAAGUGCAAUGCGAGCGAGGUCAAGGCGAAUCUGAAAGGGCUGAAGAACCGACCCGGGUCCACUAGGCCUGCCGAUAUUACGAGUCUGAUCAAGAAAAAGCCCGCCAAUUAUCCGAAUUCUGUCGAGAUGAUCUAUGCUCUUACCACAAAGAAGUUCUUUCUUGUAGUCAAUCUAGUUCUGCAAAAGCCGAUUGACACAAUGGUCGCCAAUAUCAGGCGAGGCCGUAUGAUUAGCAAAGACCAAGUCCUUCGGGAGAUGCGGCGAAAGGCUGAAGACCCGGAUGAAAUCGUGGCCACAUCUAUGGUUCUUUCGUUAAAGGAUCCCGUCGGUUACACACGCAUAAACACGCCCUGUCGCGGUAUCGGUUGUAACCACCUACAAUGCUUUGAUGCAGCCCUAUAUCUACAACUUCAGGAGCAAGCGCCUACGUGGACAUGUCCAAUCUGCAACAGGGCUGCGCCUUGGGAACAGCUGGCUCUGGAUCAGUAUGUUAACGACAUUCUGAACCUGACGCCAAAGAGUGUCGAGGCGGUGACCGUCGAAGUCGACGGAAGAUGGCACAUCCAGAGCGAAACCGAUACUACUGGUCGCAGGUCUAACCCCACGCCAUCUGAUGAUUACGAUGAUGAUGACGACGGCGACGGGGAUGAUGACGGCGAUCUAGUGGAGAUCAGCAAUGGACCCAGUUUCCGGCCCUCGAAUCUGGAAACAUUGACGCCGUUCAGUGUCAAGACGCCGCCGUUGUCCUCCAGAGAAGUAUCCAUUGCUCCUUCAGGGUCGAAACCGUCGUCACACAACAAGAAGAGACCCCGCGAAGUCAUUGAUUUGACCCUGAGCGAUGAUGAGGACGCCAGACCAGCUCCAAAGGCCCCAAGGAUGUCCAACUCUUAUGUCUCUGUGGAUGUUUCCGCUGCGCGACAUCCACCACCAGAUCGGGUCUUCUUUCAGCUACAACCUCCGGCCUUUGACUUUGACAGAUUUAAUCCAUCGCUUUAG